UUGGACUAGCGUAGGCCGAUUGCGGAAUGAUGGACGAGAGCGAGGCGGUGUCCGAUUUCGCGCCACAGAAGCCGGCGAGACAGUUGGAUUUCACGGCAAUCUGUAGAUCGUCGGCGGCGGCGAGUGUGGCGUUGACGGAGCAUCAAGAGCCCCCGGCCCAGCCGCAGCCGCCCCCGCAGUUCGGCACGCAGCUCGAGUUUCGGUUGCCGUCUGAAUCGGAAUCGCGGCGACAAUCCCAGUCGGAGAAGGCGGUUCAGUGGCAGCCUCGGCAAAUUCAGCCGCGUCUUUUCCGCCCGGUGCAACUUCAGUCGCCAUUGCAGCCGCCGCAGGUUCAGUAUCAGUUGAAGUUCUGUGUGCCACAAGGGAAACCGCCACAAGUACAGCUCAGUCUCCACCACCACGGAUAA